CGCACCUGUCACUCACACACACUUGUCACUCACACGCACCUGUCACUCACAUGCACCUGUCACUCACACGCACCUGUCACUCACACGCACCUGUCACUUACACAUACACACCAAUCACACACACCCAGUGGUUAGUGUUGCAUCAGAGGAAGUGUCUCAAACACACCCACACACUUUCACCUCCUCUAACAGACAAAUUUUCAUUUUGUACAGACUACAUUCAAGUGGUUAAAGCUGUUGAGCACACUUAGCAUACUGAGCACACACUGUUGCUAGGCAACAAUUAAGCUAGCUAGGAUGCAGUCAUUCCACUUGUAAUACACUGUGGAGGCACAGAGAGUGAAACGAGCAGACAGAACCGUGUGGAACACUAACAUGUCUCUCAGAUGUUUUGGUAAAUUGGGAAGAAACACUCUGUAAUAAAGGACACAGUGAUAUUAGCGUUAGCCUUAGUGUUGACUUCUACUCCAGCUUCCAUAGAUGUCUCACUUCCAGAGAUGUCUCACUUCCAGAGAUGUCUCACUAUAAUAAGACAAUUUAGGAAAACUAAAUACAGUAUUUUCAUUAACAUAAUAGAAUGUAGCAUCAGAGAAACAGAAUCUAGUUCAGUCUUUAGCCUCGCUUUAUUUUUAUUAGUGAUGAAUAUUUAUGGCUUGUUUAUUAAGUCAAUAAAAAGAAGUAAGUAAGUCUGCUUCAUUGGUUUGUGGUUAAUAGGCAGCGGAUGCGAAAUAGACCAAGAUCAGGAAGCUACUAUGCAUGUGUGUGUGUGUGUGUGGAGGGGGGUGUGUGUAUGUGUGAAUAUGUGUCUUCCUGAAUCACUUCAGCAUUUAGUAGCACUCAGGACGUCUUCAUGUUUUCAUCGGUGACGAGACGCAGUGUCAAUAACAGCAGACUUAAUUCGUCAGGAUUAACGAGUGUGUAGGUUUGUGUGAGAGACAAAGGCCGAAGUCAUCAGCGCAAUAAGGAUGGAAGAGUUAGAGAUGUACCACGGGGCAAUCAGUAAGGAGCAAACAGAGAGAAUUCUGGGGGCCACCGGCCAAGACGGAAGCUUCCUGAUCCGAGACAGUGAGACCGUCCCGGGGUCCUACUGCAUCUGUGUGCUGUUCGAUCGUUGUGUGUUCACCUACAGACUCUACCAGCUCGAAGGCAAUGUGUGGAAAACUGAGAGCUUUAUGGACAGCGUGUGGGAGGAAAGAUCUGUUUGUUCCUCGGAUCCAGAGCCCGUGAUAGUACAUGUGUGGACGGCUCCAGGGGUGAAAGCGCGACUCUUCCGAAAUGUUCAAAACCUUCUGUCCGUGUACAAGAACCCGGACCAGGGCAUCGCCAUACCGCUGCGUUUUCCUGUUAAACAUGUUCAACGCCGCAAACCUCCUCCACUGCCCAAGAAACACAUCCCAUGUUAACACGAACCUCAGAAACUGACAAUAUCGUGAUUGUAAACACACCUUUCAUUUUUUUUUGUCUUAAAUGUUCAGCAGACAUUUUUAAAACUGUCCAUAUAAAAUCAUUAACAAAAAAAAAAACUUUUUCCUAGCAGCUGAGAAGCCGUAAAUAUUUAUUCACGUUUUAAAUUUCAUUUACAGAGAUUCCGUUUUUUAACCAACAAAUGAUUUUUUUAUUUUAAUUUUUUUAAGGUGGAACAUCAACAUCAUCUCAAACACUUACAAAAAAAAAAAUCAGAAUUAUUUAAUUUAUUCGUACCUUCAGUAGUUCGGAUGAUUGACGACAUUUCAUACGACAAUCACGUGUAAAUAGUGUUUUUAAAUAAAUCGAUGAAAGAUUUUUUUUUGUUGUUAAACCGCAUGUAAAAAAUCAAUGUGUUCUAACGUUAUAAAAAUUACAAACCAAAAAAAAUCAUAUAAAUAAUUAUCUCCUGUUAUGCAAAUCAGUUAAGUUUCAAUGAUUGUCUUUAGAGUGAACAUUUAAUUGUCGAUCUCGACGUGCACCCGGAACAGCGUAAAGAUCGGAGUGAAGACAAAAAAUAAACUAAGCCUUUUAGAGCAUAACUAAUUUUAUUCUUUAGAUCAAUACAUCUAUUUUUAUUUUUCAAAAUAUCCAGUUACAAAAUCAUUUCUGAUCCCAGACAUGUGUAAACAAAUCAAGUGUUUAAUGACUGUUAAAAAAAAAAAAUAAUAAUUUUUUUUUCCAAAUGAAAAUAAACCACACACAAACAGAACAGAGUGAAAUGUCAUAUAUUUAUUUCAGUUAUCAAAAGUCCCGAUGGACAAAGUGUUCUAAUAUGAAUUUCUUUGCUAGUUUAAAAACAAAAAAAGUGAUGUUUGGAAAGCUCGAGCCCCUUAAAGACACUGAAAGGAUUCGAUUCCAUUUAAAUCAUUUAUAGUUUACACGCGUAAGGAUGUAGGUAACAUUUUCAAAGCAUUCCUUCGCAGAUAUUAUACAGCAUGUGAACAAUAUGACUUUGUUUAUCCUGUACUCGUUCCAUUCGCUGGCUCUGAACAUCACUUAGUCAAAUUUAGGUCACACUUUGGUACGAAGUAUCAGACUGAACCAAAAUAAAUAGCUUUUGUAUCUGUGGUUGAUUGUUCCUUCUGUUAUAAUAAAAUAAUUCCUGCGUGCUCUUUAACCUCAA